AUGGCAACCCUCUCUUCCAAUCGAUUCAUUGAUCUUAUCAAACCUGGAAUCACCACCAAUGCCCUAGCACACAUAGGAGGAUCAGACCAUCGAAGGAACCCACAUCUUCUACAGUUCCAAAAUUGUCUUCCAGGGUUACAAUCCAUCCAUGAAGUGAUCUUCAUUGCUUCAUUCCCACAUCUGCAAGUCACCAUCUUUGAAUCAGAAGCGAUUGGAUGUCGAAACUCUGAAAAG